AUGGUUAAGCCAUUAAACAACAUUACAUACAAUUGGAUUCAUAUUAAAGCCAUACAAGAAAAACAUAGUCAACCAUAUUUGGUAAACACCUCCCGGUGCCAAAUAGCCCGGUGGCCGACAUUUGACGAACAGGUUUGGCCAUUGUAUCAAAAUUAUACGGGUUUUAGUCUGAAUUGUCGACACGAUAUUCAACAAUGGUUGUCCAUUCAACGAUUUAACUAUACCGGUGUUUAUGUCCGAUUUAUACCGUCGGCGGUGGCGGCGACAGUCAAAUGUUGGGCCAAUUCAUUCAAACGGCGCACUUAUGACGACAUGACUGUCGACUAUAUACUGCCAGACAUUGCCGUUGAAGUCAAUCAAAUUACAUAUUUCAACGAUACAUCAGACGUGCGAAUUACGUGCAAUGUGUUUACUCGUACAACACAUUUAAAAUCUUUUUUCGAUCAAUUGAUCCGAAAGCCUCCGACACUGUUAAAGCAAUUCAAGGCACGACAGAGUAGGCCUGUUGUCAGUUAUGCUAGUGAUGGACAACCAGAUAUAGACUCACUGCCAAACAUAUUGUUUGUCGGUAUCGACUCAAUAUCGCGGAUCAACUUUGACCGACAUUUUCCAUCGACUACGAAAUUGUUAGAUAAAUAUAAUUUUCAUACACUGUAUGGCUAUAAUAAAGUGGGGGACAAUACAUUUCCCAAUCUGGUAGCCCUAUUGACCGGUUAUUAUUUAGAUGAACUAUGGGACGAAUCGUUUGUUAAUUGGGUUUAUCUAAACUAUUUUCCAUUUAUUUGGAAAGACUUCAAAAGUAAAGGCUUCCGUACGAUGUUGAUGGAGGACGCGCCAGAUAUGGCUACUUUCAAUAGAUUUAAGUUAGGUUUCGCUGAACAGCCGACCGACUAUUAUCUGCGACCGUUUAGCAGUCAAAUAGAGGAAGAUAUCAAAUACUACUGUUAUCUGGAUAAGCCUGAAACGGAAGUCUACUUUGACUAUGUCUAUGAUUUUGUAUCGGCAAUGACUGAUAGGAAACAAAAAUAUUUUGCCUUUACAUUUAUGGCUCGACUCACUCACGAUGAGGUCAAUAAUGCCGGCUUAGUUGAUCCGUUGACAACUCAUUUAUUUAGCAAACUGUUUGCAGACAACAGGCGUCUAUUAAAUGAUACGGUUGUGAUAUUUUUCUCGGAUCACGGCAUCCGAUUUGGUCCGAUUCGGACCACACUAUCGGGAAAGUAUGAAGAACGGCUGCCAUUUAUGCACCUGUAUUUGCCCGAUAGAUAUCGUAUCAACAAUAUUAAUGUGUCAAUCAAUCAGAAUCGGUUGACUACACCGUUUGAUAUUCACGCAACACUCAGGCAUAUAGUUUUAGGCCGACCGGACACUGAACUACGAUAUGGUCGGUCAUUGUUUGAAGAGAUACCUGAACAGAGAUCGUGUCAAUCGAUACCAAUUGACGAUCACUGGUGUUCCUGUCAGACCACUAGUCAAACCAUUACCGGAAACUUGUCUUUAGUUAGACCGAUGGCUCAAUUUAUAGUCAACAGUAUUAACAAGUUGUUAGUCGAUGAAAACUAUAGCCACAAAUGUGCUGAACUUUGGUUGAAUACAACAGUGUCGGCAUAUGAACAACGUUUUGAUGGCAAAGACAAUGGUGUUGUUGUUGUUGUUGAUAACGUCACUGAGACACUAGCGAUCAGACAGUUUAGUUUGACAAUUGUGGUCAAUCCAAGUCAGGCAUUACUGGAGGCGACCAUCAGUUUGAAUCAAAUAAGCAAACAAAUGACACUGAAUGGCGAAGUGUCGCGUAUUAACAAAUAUGGCGAUCAAUCCGAUUGUAUUGAUAGCCAUCGGCUACAGAAAUAUUGUUUUUGCAGAAAUUUACUUAAAAAAUAA